AUGAUGCUCAUUUUGAUAGAUGGGAAUAUUGCUUUCCCGUUGGCUCGAGAUGAGACAACUUGGUCAUCGAAUUUUCUCCAAUCGUGCGAUUAUGGGUGUCGCGUGAAAGCGUGUGUGACUGGUUGUGGGGACAUCGAGGGUCUUGUUUCCACGUGUGCCGCGCGGUGUUCAUUAGAGAAUGGAAGCGACAGUUGUCGACAGGGAUGCCAUGCGGUCGAGCAGACCUUCUUCAGUCAACUACAAGAUUUAAUGAACAAAGCACUUAUCACAAGCUCACCGGCUCUCCCAAUCGAUUUCUCCAUUCAGCCGGAGCUAAUCCCUGUGAAAUUGUCAUUUCCCGAUGAGCAAAUGAAAAUUGUGAAAGAAGUUGGUGAUUAUUUACUUUUGGAAUGGUAUGUGCAAAGUCGGAAAUUGGAUGGGAAUCCCGGUUGGAGAUGGGCACAACUACCACAAAAGAGUUUCCAAAACGCGUCGAUUCCGAGCGUGGUUGGGGUGGCGGGUGAGAGCUCGGAAAAGGUAGUGAUGAGAGGUGCAGUCUCAUGGCGUGGCCGAGUCGUCGUCUCCCCAAUCAUCGAAGUGAUCAUCCCACAAGAGAAAAUCAUACCAAAGCUUGAGCUCGAGAAUACCCUGCAAAUCGCUUCGGACAAGUACUCGGCCUGUUGGAAAAGCAAUCGGGCAAAGGCAAAAUUUCGUCUAAAGCUCUUCAAGUUGGACGAUUCUUUGGUGGAAACGAUCGAUUCAUCAUUUAAUUGUCAUUUAUGGAGGAGCCUUCCCCGGGAGAAUUGCUGCCGAGUGACCAUUGCGGACAUCACUGACAAUCCAGAGCUACCAAUUUUGGAGAUAACGCUGAAGAUUGAGCUGGCUGAAGUGCCAGAGCCGAUCUUCCCCGAUCCAUCGCUUUUGAUCACGAAUGGAACACACAUCGAGAGAUUGGAGAAUUUGAAUGACUAUGUGCUCAAGAGAAGCCCUAUUUUGGUGCCAUUCGAUUUGGGAGAUGAGGAUCAGAUUACUGCUAUCGCCGGUAUUGCAGAAGAUCUUCUCGUUGUUGGAACAGAGCAUGGAGGGAUUUGGAUAGUUCCAUCACCUCCAAUUCCAUACAAAAAAGAGAAAGAAGAAAUGGGAGAAGAUGGAGAAAUCGAGGAAAUGAUUGAAGGGAUUGGAGGGAAUGGAACGGAGACAACGACGCCUGAACCCGACGACCAUCCAAUCCCACCCGCUCUCCCGAGUGCCAUCAAAUUGAGAGAUCCCGAUGGAAGCAGUAUCACACACAUUGUUCACGAUCCAAUGCAACGUAUGAUCUAUGCGCUUCUCUCAAAAAAGGGUCUCCUCCGUUGUGCACUCGACCCAACACCGUGCACUUUUCUCAACACCGAUUCCCCGAUGCAGUACAUUUCGGUGGAUAGCUGGAAUGGUUUUGUCUAUUUCAUCACCGCCGAAGGAAAUCUCGUGCAAGCCGAACUCUUCUCCUAUAAUGCAACCGAAUCGUACUCCUUUGAGAGAACAAAGUUGAUGAGUGAUCUUUCACCGGCUGUCGCAAUGGAAAUCGAUUAUCGAGAGCAACAAUUGAUUGUUGUAUUACAAAAUGGCUCAAUCUUCGGUCGAGAUAUCGUCAGUGGGAAUAUUUCUUUGAUCCGUGAUGGAUCGUAUCCAGCAGUGAAAAAGAUGCACAUCGUCGAUGGAAGAAUAUUUUGGACAAAGUUUAAAUGUGGUGAUAGCCAACUUGACGAGCUGUGUUUCUAUUCGGAGGAGAAAGAGGAAGAAGGAGUGCAUUUCAGCAGAUAUUUUUUCACUGGUGAAUUGAAAGAUUUCUCGUUUGCGCAGUCGCCAAUUUAUCCAUGCUGUUUGCCGAAACCCGAUGCGAUUGGUUUGAUCUCGAAUGAUCGAGAAGCACGCGUCACAUGGCCUCCACUAACAGCAAUGCCCUAUCAAGCGAUGGGCGACGGUUGGCGAAAUGUGCAUUACGAGUGUCGACUGGAGGCAAUGGAUGGAUCGUCGAAGCAAACACAGCACACGAGUGGAAACGAUUUGUUAUUCCCAGUGAUGCCAGGUCUUGAGUACACAGCCUCGGUCAAAGGAUGUUCACUCGACAUUUGCAGUCCGUUCGCUAGUGUCAUCGAUUCGGCUUUCGGGGAGUUGAUUGGCAACCCUGUCUACGUGCUCCAAAAAUCCGAAUCAGGCCAUCAACCGCUUGACAUCAUCGGCCAGAAUAUCUCAUUUGAGCCGGCCCUGGCAAAUCUCAAAUUUGAAAGUGGACUGAAAAUUGCUAUUGACAAUACGACGCAAACGAUUUACUCGAAUUCGAUUCGAGAUCAGGCCACAAUCUCCCGCUAUUUCCUCGAAUCGUCGCCUUCUUCCACUCCAUCACUUUCCCCAUCAUUCCCCAUGAUUCACCCAAUUCUUUCCUAUUUCUCGAUCACUUCAAUCACUUCUCUUCCCACUCGAUCCCUUCUGAUCAUCGCUUCUCCAUACGCUGUCAUCGCAUAUCGUUUCACUGGAACAAUGGAUCAAAUAAUAUACGCCUGUUCGUCUCUCGAUGUCACCGUUUGUGCCGAGGUGAUCGCGUUGGCCGCCGAUGAGACGACUGGGGAGAUUUUCUUUUUGACCCAGCUUUCAAACGGCACGACUCAGUUGCAUCAAGUCGAUCCAUCCACCCGUCUUCCACAACAUUUAGCCUCGUCUUCCGAGUUUCCACCCAUCUCUCACCUUGCCAUCAUCAAGAACAAGCUGCUCUUUUUGACGAGAGAUGGUCGAAUGGGAUUUGUUGAUAAGAAAUUCGACAAGAUCAAUAUGAAUUACGUGGUGGAAAAGACAGACUACCUGUUACCGAUUUGGCCAACAACAGUGAACAAUCGAAUCGAUUUUGGCGGCGAUAUUUUAAUGGGAGAAGUGGUGAAAAACGAUUUAACUUGGUCUUCCGUGACACCCAGAAGAGAUAAUGGAUCCGUUUUGUAUCAGAUAACUCUAUUUAAAAACGAUGUAAACACCGAGGAUUCCUACAAAUCGGUGACUCUUUCUCCCGUUUAUUCGGCAAAUGUGCAAGCAAUGAACGCAUGGACCUCGAAAAGCAUCUCGAAGAGUGGGCUGAUCGCUCCGACGAAACCCCCAACACAGCCACUUGACACAAGAAUUUUCACCACUUUGCAGAAAAUGGUCGAUGGAUCUCGGGCAAUCAUUUCUUUCUUUUGGAGUGAGCCGAAAGAAUGGAACGGCUCUCCGUUCAGAUAUUUUCUCAAUUGCACAAAAAUCGACGAUGGUGAGGGAGUGGUUUCGCUCGAGUUACCAUCAACCACAAAAUAUUACUCGUUUCCAGUAAAAAGUGGAAAGGUUUCAUGUGCAGUUGCGGCAGCGAAUGAGCCGACGAAUAUCGGCGAAUUCUCGGCUCCAUUAACGAUCGAUAGCAGUGAUCAAAAGCCACUUGUCCGUUUAUUUGCUAUUGAUUCAUUGAAUGAUCUCAUCGUUAUUCCAAAUAUCACUGAUGGAUAUUUAUCAAGGAAAAAAAGAGUUGUGAAAAGGGAAAAACGAGAGGAAAAAGCACCAACGCUUCAAUACCAAGCGAUGGCUUUCAUCGGAAAUGAUCUGUACGCGGUGGGAAUCGAAACGGACACCGUACAUCCGACGUUGAUACAAUUGGACACAAAUAAUAUAUCGAAUGUGCAGCACAAGGUUUCCUUGACCGACGAGUUGCCACCAAUCGUAGCGAUGGCUUCGGAUUGGGUCGGAUAUCGGCUAUUGCUAUUGAUGACAAAAAGUCUAUAUCAGGUAGCUUUGGACCCAUUCGCCACAUCGAACAUCCUCGCGCCGAAGAAAUUGGCCGAUUUGACGCUGGAUGGACUCGGCGACCCGAAACAGCUCACAUUUGAUCCAUUUACAAAUACGGCUUUCAUUUUAACACGAAACGGAUCAAUCUUUUCUUAUGAUUUUACGAAAGGAGUCGAGAUGAAUUUAGCCAAUCGGAUAAGAUGUUUGAAUACGGAGAGAGUCACGUGGAUGACAACAGAGUUCACCUGGAAUCGAGCCGCUUCCCCGAAAAUCUUUGCUUUAACGCUACAUGGGCUUUUGGAGCUUGACCUCGAUGGAACUUGUGGAGAAAUGAAAACGAUUGAUUGGAAGAAAUUUGGAGAUCGUUCCCCCAAAUCAAUGUUGUCGUUCUCGAUCGCCGACAAGCUUUUGAUAUUCGUGGCUGUUGGGGAAAUGUUGGUGUAUCGACCGGAUGGAACAGUGCAGACGAUUGAGAUAAAGAACCAUCCGGUGAAGCAGAUUUUGGCCGCGAGCCAGAGCAGUCAACCGUAUCCUGAUCGUGAUUGUUUCGUUUUACCACCGUCUUCACAAAUCUCAUUCUCGGUGACAAACGAGGGGAAAACGGGAGCAAAUGUGCGCAUCGAUCGUCCGCCGACUGUGCCCAUUUGUGUGAAUGUCUCGUUGCCGACAACUAUUUAUGAUAUCUAUUUCAAUCGAACCGACAAAUCCCGUGUGAAGCAUAUCGAGAGUUAUUCCGAUACGCAUCUCCUCGAGAAUGGAUCUUUGGAUCAAGAGACCGACUACAAUGUCCGCAUCUCUUGGCACAAUCGUUGGUCAUCCGAUUCAUCAAUUUCCGAGGCGAAACUUUUCCGAACGGGUUUCGGAUAUCCGACUGCGCCCAGGAAUCCAAUGGCGAUUUCCGUUUCCCCAGACACAAUUCUCUUAUAUUGGGACAUGCCAGCAACACUGAAUGCGCCGAUUGGUGAGAUAAAGUACAAAUUGAUGCAACAACAAUCCCAACUCCCGCAACAACCGAUCGCCGUUCAGCCAUUCAUCCCCGGACAAACGUCGCCGAAUGUCUAUUCGACAUCGACAACCGAUAUCGUUGGCUGUUUCGAGAAUCCAUGUCGUGUUCGAAUCUCGAAUCUCCGUGCCUCAACCGAUUACAAAUUUUGGGUAACCGCCGUUCACGAUUCCCGACUAAAUGCAAUAAAUCAAGAUGCAGCUGCUAUUUCCACUGAAGCAUCUACAAAGACAAAGGACAUAGCCGGCACUCUACGGCCAGACAAUGUCACCGGCUCGUCGUUGCUUCUUCGAUGGAAUUCCCUGCAACCCGAAGAACAACCGAAAACCGUUUCCAUUCAAUAUAAAGAGUCGGGCGGUUAUGGAGAGUGGAAAACACCAAAAAAUGCGACAUUUGAGCCAAAAGAUAUUCACUCAUCAAUCGGGAUUUUGAUUACAAAUCUUCUCUCAGCCACUUCAUAUGAUUACCGAUUUGUGGCAGUUUAUAAAGGAGUAAUCAAAUUCGAGAGUGACACUUUCGCAUUCACUGAAGAGUACUAUCAAGGAAUACAAAUGGCACGGACGAAAGCCGGCACUCCAACCGAACCCCAAUCAGUCGCAAUUCGUCAAAGUCCCGAGGGUGAAUGGACGGUUGAAUGGCAGCCACCGAAUUCGGAUGGAGGAUCGAUUAUCACGAGUUAUGCUUUAGAGAUGCGCCCGAAUCACACAGCUGAAUGGGAGAUCGCCGAGAGGGGAUUGGAUGGACGGAGAAUUGUUUAUAUAACGAUUUUUAAAAGAAAUUCUUAUCCAAACAAUUUCUGGUGGCAUCCAACGAAAACCGAAUGGGCACCACACUGGCAAUUCCGGGUGAGAGCCGCGAAUCAAGAGGGAUUUGGACCGUACAAAGAGACACCGAUUCGACCGGAAGAUCUUGAAGAAGAGAACCCAUUCCCGUGGUUUCCCUUGAUUUUGAGUGUUGUCUCGUUUUUUCUCCUCAUCAUGGUCAUCGCUUUCUUUUUGAUGGCUCGACGCCGUCAAAUUCGUCGCCGACAAAAACCUCGGGUUGACGAUAAAUCGAUCACACUCGACUCGAUCGGCCAAUUGGAUUCACAUUUGGGGAAAGGAAAAGAAAUGCCAUCACAGAUUGCGCACGAGAUUCGGAAUCUCACGCAAAUCUCACGCGAUCGCAUCAAACUGAUCCGCUCACUAGGCGAGGGUUUGUUCGGGAAAGUCUGGGAGGGACAAAUUCUUUUGGAUCCACAAAGGGACACUCAUGUACAACACGUGGCAAUAAAGAUGCUCCGCGAAAAGCCCGACGAGAUGACACGAAUAAAAUUCCUCAAAGAGGCCAUUCUGAUGAACAAUUUCGACCAUCCAAACAUCGUCAAAUUGUUGGGUGUCUCGUUCUCUCAUGAGCCUCAUUAUCUUCUGCUUGAGUUGAUGAAUGGCGGGAAUUUGUUAGCGUUUUUGAGGGAUUG